AUGGAGGGAUUGGAUCAACACGAAGCGCGGAACUGGACGUUGAUUUCUCAAUCGAUUCUGGGUAGGUCCGGGAACUCGUGCCGUCUCCGGUGGUGUAAUCAACUCUCGUCGAAGGUGGAAUAUCGUGCCUGCGCAGGCAAGGUUCCAGGAACAAGUGGGCGACGAUUGCAACACUCCUCAACAACGAUCGUGUGGAUCAAGAAUUAUUGGAACUCGACGUUGAAGGGGAAGCCCGCGACGUUGAUCGGCGGCGGUGGCGGCGGAGAUGAGUGGCCGGUUCAGGUGCUGAAGCCAUUGGAGAUCGAUGAUGUGAAGAAGAUAACAUGGGAACUGGUCUGGAUAUUAGUGGAUUCUCGCGUUCCUUUUAAGUAA